AUGUCGUUCUGCGUUGCUCCUGGUGAACUUCGUCCCUUCCGACAAGACAUUCUUUCCGAUGUGCUUCCUCACAGACGCAUCCUGGACUGCGAAGUCGUCUCUAUGUUUCUCAACCUCGUCUGUUUCCUAGAUGCCGGUUUGAUUCGCUGCAGCAACCCAUCGUCGGACUGUUUAGAGACACUUCUUCGCACUGACAGCACUUCCAGUCGUCCGGGUUUCUGCGCCGCACACCAGCUUUGGUCUGCGAUCACACUACAGCUGCUGUUCAUGGCCUCGCCUUCGCACUGGGAUACUCCUUUCCCUCGACACCUGCCGCAACUCAGUGCGUGCAACAAGCAGGUUGAGUAUUGUUAA